GCAAACAGGGCACAGCAUCUCCCAGAGGAACAGCAUCAUCCCAUAAUUCCAUUACCUUCAAUGCCCCUCUUUCUCUCUCUUCCCCCUGUCUGACCCUUUCUUACUGCUUUCUCUCUCUAUGCAGAAGAUACCAACAACAAAUAGAAUGAAAGAAGAAACUUGGAAACUCCACGCAUCUCCCCACAUCAAAGGCCAAAGAGUCCAACUUUCUAUAUGUAACUCUCUCUCUCUCUCAUCAAUGGCCCAGCUGGACCAAAAUUUAUGUAGAAGGAAAAACAAAAAAGAAAGAAUGGGAAAGGAAGAAAAGGGGAGGUUAGAUGGAUAGAUAUAGAUGUCUUCGAAUGUCCUCCAACCAAACCCACCUUACUACUACUCCAACCAAGACCAAUCUUUCUCUUUCUCUCUCUCUCUUCACAAGCCAUGUUUCCCCGAAAUACCCUUCUGCAAGCCCCCAAAAAAUCCCAUCUUCAUCACUGUCUCUCUAAAGAACAAUUUUUUUUCACCGAGUUAUGUGGGCUUUUUGGGUUCCUUUGUCUUGGUCAGAGUUUUCACAGAGAAAACAGGGAAAGCGAGAACCUUCUUCCUACCCCCUUCCUUGUCUCUCUCUUUCUCUCUCUCUUAUUCAUUGCUUCUUUCUUUGGUCUCUUUUCUUUCUUGUUAUCUCUCGCCUUCUUCCCCUCUUGUGUUCUCCCUCGUUUAUCCCCUUCCCUUUUAUUCUUCGUGUGUUGCGGUGAUACCUUGCUGAUCUGACGAUGAAGAAGAUGAAAGGGGUUGUUCCCAUGGAGUCUCCAUACGCUUCGUACGAAGAUCAAAGGGCAAGGCUUAGGCAUCAGAGCCUCUUGCAGGACUAUGAAGAGUUGCUGAUGGAGACACAUGACACAAGAAGGAAAUUGGAGAUUAUGAAGCAAAAAAAGUUGAUAUUGUCAGCUGAAGUCGGGUUCUUGAGGCGACGAUACCAAUACUUGAAGCAAAACCCUGUGUCAAAGCCUCAACCAAAGCAAGAUGCUCCAGAGUUACAAAGGGUCAAGACCCAUGCACAGUUACAAAAGGUUAAAACCCGUGGCCCGACUACCUCGAAGGGAAGGAAUUACAGUAAGAAGGACCUCGCAUUACGCCCUCCUAUUCCUCCUUAUUCGAACCUGAAAGAAAGGAUUCCAAAUGGGAUUGAGGUCACACUGCAGAAACCUGCUCCUACGUUUGAUUUAAACCAGAAUGCUAGGACUUCUAGUGGAAAGGAUGCCUCUCUUCACGGCUCUGCUCCAAUGCUUGACUUGAAUCAGAUGGAUAGGAUUCACAGUGGGAAGGAAGCUACAAAGAAGAGUAUUACUCCAUUUUUUGACUUGAACCAGAUUUCGAGAGAAGAGGAGGAAAUGCAGGGUAGUGUUGAGCCAAUGAAGAUUGAUGAACCAAGGAAAAGCACAUUGAGAAUGUUAAGCGAUGACGACAUCAAGUUAUCGAUCUGCAGAAAUGUCGGGGAUGGAUCAAACAGGGCCGGGAAGAGGAAGAUAACAUGGCAAGAUCAGGUGGCUCUGAGGGUUUAAUUUGAUCCAGGGCAUUAGGCAAAAAUUCCUGCCCUUUUGGAAUUUGUAGGGAGCCUUUGAUGUAGCAGCGGGCUUUUUCCUCCUUUUUUUUUUUUUUUUUUUUUUUACAUUUUACUAAUCAUUCUAGUUUUUAUGUCUCCUGUAAAGAUAAAUAUAUAGUAUCACAUGUUCAAUGUUCAAUACAUAUAUAAGGUGAAAUGGGAAAUUUCUGCUUGGGAAUCACGCCUUCA